AUGCCCUCGGAUGCAUCGGCCGCAGAUCAUCGUCAAGGACGGAAAUCUCUGCAGACAGAAUCUCCAUCAUCGAAAGCCAAACGUGAGCAGAUGCUACGCAACAUCCUCGCUGCCAGGAGGCGACAGAUCCUGAGCCAACGUUCGCACGAUCCACCUCGGCUUCUUUCGAGUCGUACGCCGCGACCUGGUGACACCACCUCGAAAGAUCCUCUGGACAUUCUUGAGAGCCAAGAGACCAGGCACAACAUUUAUGUCACUAGUGCGCGAACGGAAUCGUUAAUAAAAGAAGAAACUUCGCAAUCGUCGAGGAAAUCUGUCGAAAAAGUCGCAUCGAUCGACCUCGAUUCGACGGAAUUAGAGAUCAAACUGCAAACUCCAAAGUCGCCUAAGGAAGAAACUCCGUCGACGUCGGAGAAGUACGAAAGUUUCUCUUCUAUGUCCUCGUCUUUGAUCGCUCCAAUACUAACUAUGUCUACGAAUCAAAAAUCGGGGGACGCGGAAACGCGCAAGAAGAACACCGUCUCGAUGCCGGAGUCGUUGUACAAUCAUUUCCGGCCGGUGGAGAGCAACAUUCCGGUGGAGGAUAUGUCGCAGUUCUUAUACUUCGGCCAGAAGCUCCAGCCGGAUGCGCAGAACGUCACCAGCAGCGGCAGCAACAACAAUUCCGUAGAAACGACAUCGACGGUGCCGACUUCCUCGCGCAGGAGAUAUUCCACGAAGCGAUUCAGCGCGACGAUAGCCGCGCCGAUGGAGGAGAUCGUGAACGACGAGAUGAACAUUGCGCUGGAACGCCGGACGGUCGAGAAGAAUCAAGUGUUGAGGAUCAAGAACACGUUCAGGAGCUCGGGUAGCGGUCUGUACUCCCGGAAGUCGCGACCUACAGCGGACGUCGUGUCCAACAUCAUUCCGGGCAACGAGUCGAGCCUGGUCGGCAGCGGCAGCGAGAUGAACGCGGUGGACGACAAAUUCCGCCGUGACGACCCGUCCGCUCACGCGGAUACCAAGACGCGAGAGGGAGGAACCGCUACCCACGUCGUCGAAGCGGGCACAACGACCCAGAUACCGCGGCAGCGCGAUGACGAGGCUGAAACGAGCGUUGCGGAGAGUGAAAUCAGCGUGAAAUUCACGAACGAGACCGUCGCAGCCUCAAACGGGGUCGCCGAAAAUCUAAAAACAAACGAUUUCGAGAAAGACGACGAGAAGGAGGUCACCACAGUGAAGGCGGAAGCGAAGAAGGCGGAAGAAACGGAGGGCAUGCUAACGGCUGUCGAGAAGACAACUUCGACGUCGCCGAAAUCCAAGUCUCGCGAGAGCGUCGAGACGUCGCGGGCGGCGGAGUCGUCGACGCUGCGAAUCGUGGUGCCGGACGACAGUCUCGCGAGCUUCGCGAUUGAGAACGAGCGGACGCAUCGGAAUACCGUUAAGCAGCAGCCGGUCGAAGAUCCUGUCGCGGAUCGACCGGUUCGCGUGUCAGCCGGCGACGAUGUCGCCCCGAAAUCACUGCCGCUGUCGGCAGCGUCGUCAUCGGCGACGAAGGAGCCAUCCGUACCUGUUGCCGCCGUUGACUCGGAUCAACAGCAGCAGCAGCCGCCGCCGCAACAGCAACAGCAGCAUCCGCAGCAACACGUGUACGCUUACACGAUAACGAACGUGACGCGAUUGUUGCGCAACUACACCGGACCUGGGUUAAGCGACGAGGAAGGGCGAGGAGGAGGAGGAGGAGGUGGAGGAGGAGGAGGAGGAGGAAGAGGAGAUGGUGCUGCUGGUAGCGGUGCCGAGAUAACGAGCGUUGGACCGUCGCGGCAGCAGCAGCAGGAGCGACCGCCGCCGCCGCCGCAGUCUUCUCCUCUUCUGCUUCCUCGUGCCAGUAUAGAGCCGGCGCGAGCGUCGGCGGGACUCAGUGCCGGCGCGACCGUCGAGCCAGCCGCAGCUGCUGGAACGUCGUCCAGUGCUGUUGUCGGCGGCCUGGUGGGGGAACGACCGAGGAAAGUCGUCCCGCAGCAGCAGCAGCAGCAACAACGCGCGACCAGCCAACGGCCGAUCGCGACCUGGUCCACACCGCAGCCGACCGCGACAGCGGAAGACGAUAACGCUACUUUGCCGACGAGGUCCGUCAAAUUGCCGGAGACCGGAAGCAGGGGAUCGGUCAGGUGGAACCACACGAAAUCGCAGACCAGCGAGCAGGAGGGUGCUGACGAUCGCAGGUUCCUCAGGAAGAGCGCGAGCGCGGUGCUGAAUCAGAGAUCAAACGUCAACGACGAACCCUCGUCUCUGGCGACGAAUAAACGUCGCAGGGUGCUGGCUUCUCAUAGCGGGCUGUCGUCUUCCAAUUCUAAUAGCAGGAGGGUGAAGUCCGGCGAUCGAGAGAAAGUCGACGGUGCUAAGGACAAAUUAGUAGCGAACGAUCGAUCAUCGAACGGGACGGUCGCGAGACGCGGGAAAGGCGUGGACGACGAUGAAGUGCCGAGCAUCGGUUCUCUUCGGGAAGUCGCGCGUGCCAGCGGGGUGAACGAAGUGCCGGGUGACAGCAGUCCGUCGGAGACCAACGUCAUGGGGAAUUUGAAUCGAAAUUCGAGCGCGAUCGACGAGACGAUAGACGCGACCGAUCCGUCGAUUGCCGUCGAUGCGGCGAUGACAACCGACGCGGAGAAGUCCGACGUUCUUGCGGAAAAGAUGAUUACCGCGCCGAGUGUGAACGAUUGGGACAAUAUUGAAGGCGAUGCUGAAGAUGCUCAAGGUCUCGUGAUGUCGGGCAAAACGAGUGACGCGAAUGCGACGGCAGAUAGCGUCGUCGCGACGACCGUGACAGUGACCGAGCGGGUCGACGAAACAGUCGCGACGACAAUUACGACAACAACAACGACGACAACGACGACGCCAACGCCGACACCGCCGGCGCCAGUUUUCCCGGUCACGCCUCGAAUAUUGACAGAAGUGGAAAAAGCUGCCGUCGCUCCGGAAACUUUCACUUCGAGGCCGUCGGACGCCGCGAAGGCGCCAGAAGUGAGUAAUCUGGAUCCCUCAGAGAUCCAAAAGAGGUACCGAGCUAAGGAUGCGACGACAACGACGACGACGACGACGACGACGACGACGACGAUUCCACCGAUACAGAAUAACACUCGUCUUUCGAACGGUACCUUGAACAGAAAACCGGAAAUGCCCACUUUGUCGACGUCUACGGUAAUGGAGAACGGAAAACGCGUAUCCGGCGAAAGAUCGCCGGAAGUCCGAGCUCGUAAUUUGUCAGACAAAUCGAAGGACAAGGACGACGUGCUGCCGAUCAUGCAUCUGUACAACACGUCGGAUAUUUUCAACGGUAGCGGGCCGAUGGACGGGUUCGCCCGCGGCACGGAACAACCGCGGGUGGUGCUUCCGGUGGAAACUGAGUCGCGGAACGAAGAGACUCCUGUGACAACGGCGACAACAACGACGACAACGGAGAAGACGCCUGAGCCGCCAGUAACAAUCACCAGCCCGACGGAAAUCGGCGCGAGUGCAUCGACCACCGUUCCUAUUCUCAAAGUCAAGGAACCUACCGCGACACCGAGUUCCCGGAAGGAUAAACACGAGGAAAAUCGCAACUCUCAGGACACCACUGCCUCUCCGGUGUCCAAAGGAUCCUCCUUUGCGCCCGCCGCCAACAGAACGAGGUACAGGCCCGCUUAUCACUACUCGAUCCCGCCGGAAUACAACGGCACAAUGUACCACCCCGGCGGGCUCAACAGGACUUUCUUCGAGGCCGACGGGCCCGUCGCGGUGAGCCCGCGGGAGUCGAUGAACAUCAGUGAGGUGAUAUCGAAGCGGCACGACGGUGACGUGAUUGCCACCCAGGAAACGGUUGCCGUGGUCAGCUACAUCCUGGCCACUCUCGUUGUCUUUCCCAUCGCCGUCGGCGUCGGGCUCAUUCUCAGAAGACUGAUACUUAGGAAUCGUAAGGUGCUCGAAGAGUCGGACACGUCAUCGGAGAUAAGCUGCAGGAAGGACGCUCUUAAUCUCGAAAACGGCGAUUUCAAGACCUCCAUCGAAAAGGCGAUCACGAAGCUACCGAGGAUACAACACUUGUGUCACGAAGCUGAGAAGCCGCCGCCUCCGCCGUCCCAGGAAUCCAGAUGGGAGUUUCCUAGAGAUAAGCUUAGAUUACAGACAGUCCUUGGGCAAGGAAACUUCGGCCAGGUGUGGAAGGCCGAAGCUGACGACUUGACAGGUCAUCAAGGCACGACUCGGUUAGUAGCAGUGAAAACGGUCAAGGAAGGCGCUUCCGAUCGAGAAAAAGAAGACUUGGAUCGAGAGCUCGAAAUCAUGAAGCAAUUGGGCAGUCAUCCGAACGUCGUGACACUUUUGGGCUGCUGCACCGAAGAAGAGCCUCAUUAUCUUAUACUGGAGUACGUCAUGUACGGCAAGCUGCUCGCGUACCUGCGCGAUCACCGUACUAGGCAGUACUUUUACAACUUCAGCGAGGAUUCCGCGGCCUUAACUUCCAGGGAUCUCACGGUUUUCGGAUACUGCGUGGCCAGAGGCAUGGAAUAUCUUGCAUCGAAAAAGAUCAUCCACCGCGACCUCGCCGCCCGAAACGUCCUCGUGGAUCACAACAAGCUUUGCAAGAUCGCAGACUUCGGUAUGUCGAGGUUCGCCAACGACGACGGCGAAGUGAUCGAGACCAGGCACGGCAGGAACGCCUUGCCGAUCCGCUGGAUGGCCCCCGAAUCAUUAAUCUACUCCCUCUUUACGACGAAGACCGACGUCUGGAGCUUCGGCAUCCUGAUGUGGGAGAUCGUCACUUUAGGUUCAACACCGUACCCGGAUAUGACGGCGCGGGAAGUCAUGCGGAACGUGCACAACGGUUAUCGGCUGGAGAGGCCUUCGCACUGCCGAAGCGAGCUCUUCAGGGUGAUAUCCCGAUGUUGGCACGCCGAUCCCGACCGCAGACCGGAAUUUCAGACCUUACGCAGGGAUCUCGCCCAGCUGCUGGAGGACAACAUGAAUGGACACUAUGUGGACUUGGAGAGUUUCGCUUCCGAGUGCACUGACUGAGGGAAAAAAGCAGAAGAACCUGUUGGCUUGUUCUCGACCGCAUCGGAAAAUCGAUCUCGCGAUGAGACGCGCUUCGCUGUGCGACUGCAUCGAAGGGAUGCGAAGAUUUUCUGAUGUAUUGAUUCCUGAAAGCGAUUUCCUCUUGCGAAUGGAACGGAAUUGGAAUUCCGUUUUUGGAUUAAAAAAAUCGAAUUCCAAGAAAUCCAGGAUAUCUUGUGUUUUUACUGUCGAUGUUCUUAAACUGUAAAAGUUCUCGAAACUUUAUAUCAGACAUACAUUUUCGGUUCUCUACAUUAUUGAAAUACGCUUGAAAGUAUAAAAUCGCUAAUUGCUAAACGCUGAGAAUAUUAAAUUAAAUUAAAUGUCAUAAAGUCGUCUGUGAACUCAGAUUCGUUUAAACUCAUAUUCUACAUAAAUAUCGCUCAUGAAUAAUUGCGAAACACUACAACCACAUAGAUGAUAUCUGAUAGAUGUCACUGUCUAAUUAUAAAAUUAAAAAAUUAUGACGAUACGCGACACUCGGAGCGUUAAUUUAUUACGCGGGUAUGUAACUCGGCAAUAACACCGGUUGUACUUAAGAAUGAAUCUUUAUCUCUGCGUGCUUUUAUGAUUCGUUGAAGUACACAUAUAAGUAAUAACUGUAAUAAUUAAUCAUGCGAUUUUCCUUUUAAGGAAGCACGCAGAACACAGGAACGCUGCAACGCGCGAUGCUGUGAUAAAAGUGACGAAAAUGAAAAAAAUUUUAUAUAAUCGAAAUAUUAAAGAGCAACGGGAGUUUGUAAAGUCCGCAAAAUAUAAGUAUUUUAUGUAGUAUAGUAUUACUGCGUAUGUAAUGUCUUUAGUUGUACGAUGCGCCAUUCGUCAAUCCUUCAAUAUUUACAUCUUUUUCAUUUUUAUUUAUAAACGAAAAAUAUUAUAUCGGACAAUGAGUGUGCACACACGUAUUUUUACGCACUUUUGAGGCUUGCUAUUGCGUAACAUUCGAUAUAAAUUAAUCCAAUCUUAUAGAUCAGGAAAGAUUUUGUACGAUACGAUCAUGAAACAAUAACGGACAUUAUUUUUAAUAAUUUUGCCUAAGUUUUUGGUACUUACUUUAUUCCGAACUAAUUGUUCAUUCUAUCGAAAAUACACAAAAAGAGAAUACAACUUGCGGAAUGACUUGGUUCUUCUUGAAUACUUCAACGAGACUCAAUUCUUGCGUCGCGACAUUUGUACAUAUUGUAUCCCUCGCGCUAUGUAUACAUAAGAAUAUAAAUACAAACAUUAUAUCCGUCGGAAAUCAAACAAAGAUGUCUUAUUCUCCGAGCCGCAUUAAUACUGUAAUAAUAAUAAUUAUUACCGCUUAAUAACUCGUUAUUAGGUAUGUAUAUCUCAUAUUUCCGACCGCGUCCGGCGCGUUUAUUCUUAAUCAUUCUAGUCUUUCGCGACACGUUCUGGGGCGGCGAUUGGUAUCGACAUUCUCUUCAUACUUUGCUUUGAUGAGCGUUGCGAAUUUGCUCGAAAUUGCGAUAUCAAUGAUAUAUUAAUAUAUUGUAAUCGCUCUAGAGAACCGAUUAAAGCCCCUCCACUGUUAGUUGAUUAUUGUAUUAAGUAUUUUUAUCUCGCUAUCCCUUCUGCGACGUCGUUUUUAUUCUUUGAAGCGACUUGGCUACGUCUGUUAUGCGAGACAUCGUUCUCAACUAUAUUGCAUUUUGGGCGUUGCUUUUGCGACAAAAAAAAAUGGUUGCGACCAACACUGUAUGUACACUCGAUUGUAAUAAGAAUUUUUGUCAGUAAACGUUGUGAAAAAAUU